ACUGUGGUGUGGCCAGACUGGGGGCGUGGCCAGACUGGGGGAGUGGCCAGACUGGGGGCGUGGCCAGCCUGUGGUGUGGCCAGGCUCGUGGUGUGGUCAACGUGCGUGGUGGGUCGGGGGCGGUGGAUAGACUGGGGGCGUGGCCAGACUGGGGCGUGGCCAGACUGGGGGGCGUGGCCAGGACUGGGGGCGUGGCAAGACUGGGGGCGUGGCCAGACUGGGGGCGUGGCCAGACUGGGGGCGUGGCCAGACUGGGGGCGUGGCCAGACUGGGGGCGUGGCCAGACUGGGGGCGUGGCAGAUCGUUGCCAGACUGGGGGCGUGUGGUCAGACUGGGGGGCGUGGGCUGACUGGGGGCGUGGCCAGACUGGGGGCGUGGCCAGAUUGGGGGCGUGGCCAGACUGGGGGUGUGGCCAGACUGGGGCGUGGCCAGACUGGUGGGGCGGGGCCAGACUGGGGGUGUGGCCAGACUGGGGGCGUGGCCAGCCUGUGACUGUGCCAGACUGGGGGCGUGGCCAGACUGGGGGCGUGGCCAGCCUGGUGGUGUGGCCAGGCUCGUGGUGUGGUCAGACUGUGGCGUGGCUAGACUGGGGGCGUGGCCAGACUGGGGGCGUGGCCAGACUGGGGGCGUGGCCAGACUGGGGGCGUGGCCAGACUGGGGGCGUGGCCAGACUGGGGGCGUGGCCUGACUGGGGGCGUGGCCAGACUGGGGGCGUGGCCAGACUGGGGGCGUGGCCAGACUGGGGGCGUGGCCAGACUGGGGGUGUGGCCAGACUGGGGGCGUGGCCAGACUGGGGGUGUGGCCAGACUGGGGGCGUGGCCAGACUGGGGUGUGGCCAGACUGGGGGCGUGGCCA